CAAAAAAAAACCCUCAAACUACUGCAGCUACCUAAUCAUCCAUAUCCACAGAUAAAAUAAACAGCAAAAACAAUUACACAAUCAUGGCCAGUGCCAGUGCGAGUACUACUUCACACGACGACGUAUAUGAUAAAACGCAAGACGUGAUGGCGUUCGAGGAAACCAAAGCCGGGGUUAAGGGACUAGUAGACUCCGGCAUCACAACCAUCCCACGCUUCUUCAUCCACAGCGGCCAGUCGCCGCCGCAAACGACGUCGUCGGACAUCCAACCUCCGGUGAUUGACAUGAAGACGGGGCGGCCGCGAGAGGCGGUGGUCAGCGAGAUUCGCGGUGCGGCUGAGACGUGGGGUCUGUUCCAAGUGGUCAACCAUGGCAUCCCAACCACCGUCAUGGGAGAGAUGUUGGACGCCGUGAGGUUAUUCCACGAGCAGGCGGCGGGGGAAAAGGCGGCGCUGUAUUCUCGAGAUGGCCGGAGAAAGGUUAGGUACUUCAGCAAUGGGGACCUGCUUGUGAGUAAGUCGCCGGCGAACUGGAGGGAUACCCUUGCUUUUGAUUUUCAGGAUGGUCUCCUUGACCCGCAACUCUUCCCACAACUUUGCAGAGAAGCUGUGGGAAAGUACACAGAUAAGUUGAUGGAACUGAAAAAGGAGUUGUCGGAGCUGGUAUCGGAGGCGGCGGGGCUCGGGAAAGAUUACCUGUCGGACAACGGAUGCACGGAAACGAUGUCGUUUUUGUGCCAUUACUACCCGCCGUGCCCUCAGCCGCAGCUCACCUUGGGCGCCACCAACCAUAUGGAUCCUUCUUUUCUCACGAUUCUGCUGCAAGACCACAAAGACGGCCUCCAGGUGCUCAAUGAUCAUCACAAUCAAUGGGUCAACGUUGCGCCUCUCCCCGGCGCGCUUAUUGUCAACAUUGGCGAUUUCGUGCAGCUGAUUACAAAUGGAAAGUUCAAGAGCGCGGAACACAGAGUGGUAGCUCCGAGUGAAGAGGUGGGGUGCAGGACAUCAGUGGCAAGCCUUUUCUACCCAAGCUCCGCAAAUAAACUAACAGCUUAUGGGCCGGCCCAGGAGCUUGUCUCUCCUCAAAGCCCACCAAUCUACAGAGAGACCCAUUUCACUGAAUUCAUAGCCCAUUUCAGGUCCAAAGGGUUGGAUGGCAAACCUACCCUCUCUCAUUUCAGGCUUCCAUGAUCCCCUACUUCAGGACUCUGUAUCUACACUCGUGCCAUGUGUCACGCGUGUGUUUAGUUGCAGAGCUUACACGACCUUUCCAUUAUCCUUCCGCCUGAUGCAGUAACAUUUUCGUAUGUUUUUAUUGUCAUAUCUCCACUGUAAAUAGAUUGUACAGCUACAGGCUACUACAUAUUCUAUUAUGAUGACAGUAUAUAUUUUCUUUUUAAAAUUUUGUGUAUGAAAUUUGCAUCAUAAACUUAUGAAAACAUUAGUUUUUUUGUGUGACACUAGUAAUAGAUACUGAACGAUAACCGAAACCAAACAAGCAAAAAUGAAAUUUAUACUGAAUU